AGGUCUACCACAGUCCCUUCAUCAGUUCUCAUCGCGAUCUGAAUUUCGAAUUGUUGUUUGUUUGAUUUUUUUUCUCAAACUUGAAAAUGUCUGGAAUCAUCCACAAGAUCGAGGAGAAAUUGGGGAUGGGAGGAGACCACAAGAAGGACGGAGAGAAGCACGGCGAAGAUCACAAGGGCGCCUCCCACGCCGGCGAGCACAAGCCGGAGCACGGCUACGGCGGCGAACACAAGCCGGCGCACGGCUACGGCGGCGAGCACAAGCCGGAGGAGCACAAGGAGGGUUUCAUGGAGAAGAUCAAGGACAAGAUCCACGGCGGCGAGGGCGGCGCCGGCGAGCACGGCGAGAAGAAGAAGAAGAAGGAGAAGAAGGAGAAGAAGAAGCACGAGGAUGGACAUGAGAGCAGCAGCAGCAGCGACAGUGAUUAAUUACAAGGUGGGCUCUGUGUGUGGUGUGCUGGUAUGGCUUAUGGAUUUUCUUGCAAAUAACAAAUAUAUAUAUAUAUAUAUAUGAAGUACCCUGGCUUGUUUCCCAGGAUGUCUUGAGAUUAUCUUUGUAAUUUAUAUGUAAUGUGAUGUUUGUGUUUGGACAGAGAUGUUGUAAUUGUUUUGUGCUUGGCUUCACUAUGCAAUCUACAUCGUGGUUUAAAUA